AUGGCUGCUGUGAUGAGAAGGGUGGUCUGCAUCUUCAUGUGGCUGUCUGUGUGUCAGGUCAGCGGAGCGUUCAUCCCUAAUGAGCUGAACAGAACCCUGCAGAACCUCAUGCAGCACUAUAAAAUCUCAAACCAGGAUUUCUUCAACCAAAAGCCUGUGUUUCCCCGGGAACCGCUGAAAGGCAAUGCUGAGUUAAAGAUGGUUUACAUGUAUGGCGUUUUGGAGGAAUAUGAGAAGCUGCUUGGAAACAUGCUAAAGCAGUUACCCACUCCAAGUCCCCAGUUGGCAACUUCAGGCACCCGCACCGCCUCGCUUUCCGCUUCUGAUGAAAUCCGCUCCAAUCUGAUGAAGGUUUUAAGCAAAAUGCAAGAAUUAAAGAGGAAUAAUUAUAAGGAGCAGGCGGCCCUUCUGGAACAACUGAGGAAACUUGAAGACAUUGAGGUGGGCAACUUUAAGGUCCAGAGCAAAGCUCUGUCGGAGCUGACGUGGAUUUACGAAGAAGCCAGCUCGCUGGCGGAUGACAAGAGAAGAAGGAGACGGCGGAGGCGGCAAACGAGAACCAGGUUACACCAGCAAGCCUGAAAGACAAGGGAAAGGGCAACAACAGCAAUGCAAAAAAAAAAAAAA